AUGGGGAAGCUGAUCACCAUCUUUUCUGGGGCCUUUCUGGCCAUAGGAGGAUUCCUCUUUGGCUACGACAGUGGUAUCAUUUCCUCCACACUGGCCCAGGAGCACUUUAUCGAAUAUUUCGGCGGUUCGAUAUCCGACUCGGAGGCCGGUGGCAUCGUUUCCUCCUUCACGGGAGGAGCGAUUAUCGGGUGUCUUGUCGUAUCAUUUCUUGCAGAUGUCCUCGGACGACGGUUGACAGUAUUCACCGGUUCCGUUACAGCCAUUUUCGGAUGCGCCCUUCAAGCUGGGGCGACGACUGUCCCCAUGCUUAUCGCCGGACGUCUCAUCGCAGGCCUCGCCGUCGGAAUCCUUAGCGCUGUGACACCCAUGUACUGCUCGGAGAUCGCUCAGGCCGACAUCAGAGGAGCGCUAUCUGGGCUGCUGCAAUGGAUGCUGAGCUGGGGCUUCUUUGUCGCCCAAUGGCUCGGAUACGGCUGCUCACACGUCGACAGCCACUUCCAGUGGCGAUUCCCGCUCGCUUUUCAGGUAGCCCCCGCGUUCUUGAUGGCUGUCGGCAUCUGGUUCCUCUCAGAGUCUCCCCGAUGGCUUAUCGAAAAGGAGCGGUAUGAGGAGGCCCGGCUGGUGUUGAAGAGGUUGCACGGAAAUGGAGACAAUGAUGAUUUUCUCGAAGCCGAGUACCAAGAGAUCCACGACACCAUCAUCGCGGACCGUUCUGUCAAUGCAGUUCAUUGGAAAGCUUUGUUCACACGACCGUCGUGGCGUCGUCGGCUUCUGCUAGGGUGUGGUGUUCAGGCGUUCGGCCAACUCAGCGGUGUGAACGUCAUCAACUACUACGGACCUCGGAUCUACGAAUCUCUUGGAAUCGACAACCAGACCUCGUUGAUGAUUAUUGGAAUCAGCGGCUCUCUUUCAAUUGUGUGGUGCAGUAUUGGACUGUGGGCUCUCGAGCGGAUCGGGCGCGUGAAACCUCUCAUUUUCAGCGCUGUCGGCUGCGGUCUGGCCUUGGUCGUCAACGCCGUACUGUCCAAGUAUCUGCCAACGGAGAACGGUAACCAGCUCAGGGCAAUGGUUGCCAUGAACUUCGUAUUCUCGUUCUUUUUCACCAUGACUGGAAUCAUCUCUUGGGUCUACCCUGCGGAGAUUUUCCCAAUCGAGAUCCGCGCAAAGGGCAAUGCCAUCGCGACAUUGAUGAACUGGUCAUUGAACGGGUUUUCGCCCAGGUGUCGCCUCUCGCAUUUACUGCGGUAG